AAUAGAAUUUGGAGCUAUGCGUCGGGUUAAUGCUCCACGAGGUGUUAUGCCUCAUAGCGAUGUUCUUUUUGCAAAUGAUAUAAUGGUCUUCAUUCAAGGCACUACAAAGAAUCUUCGGGUUUUGAUGUGGUUUAUGGUUGAGUAUGGAUUAAACUCGGGUUAGUUUAUCAAUAAAUCAAAAUCUUUAGCCUUCUUGGGUCAUUACACGCGGCCUCGGCAAGCAAGCAUUCUUUGUACUCUUGGAAUUGGUGUUGGUUCCUUUCCAUUCACUUACUUGGGUGUUCCCAUUUUCCAAGGUCGACCAAAGAAACAAUUUUUUCAAGCUAUUGCGGACCGUGUUUGUUGUAAACUUUCUGCUUGGAAGGGUUCUCUUCUUUCUCAUGCAAGGCGAUUGCAAUUAAUUUCGUCAGUCAUCCAAAGUCUUCUGAUAUAUAGCUUCCAAGUUUAUGAAUGGCCCUCCUCCUUGUUGACUAAAGUUCAAAGUUGGAUUCGGAAUUUCUUUUGGUCUGGAGACCCGAAUUCUCGUGGUGCUCCUCUUGUGGCAUGGAAAUCUUGUUGUCUUCCUAAAGACCAUGGUGGUUUGGGUAUUAAGGAUCUUUUGUCUUGAACAGAUCUCUUCUAUUGAAAUGUUGUUGGGAUUUGGUUUCUUCUACUUCUUUGGCAGCUGUUUUUAUUCGAGCUCGUUUCCUUGCGAAAGGUUCUUUACUCCUCAAAUUUACCGAAAAUCCUCUAUUUGGUUGGGCCUUAAGAAGUUGUUGCCUCAAGUCCUGGAGAAUUCUCAAUGGGUAAUUGGUAAUGGUUCUCAAAUAGAUUUUUGGACUGAUAAUUGGAUGGGUGAUUCUUUGAUGCAUUUGUUAGGCAUUUGUCCCUCAUUUCAUGCUAAAGUUGCUGAUUUUAUUAAUAAUUGUCGUUGGGAUUUGCUUGUGAAUUUUUUAAGGGCUUUUCCUCAUUUGGCAGCUUCUAUUGAGGCUAUUGUUUUGCCUAUUGACCCGCGUGCUGAUCAUCUUAUUUGGAUUGGUGCUAUGUCUGGUAUUUUAUCAGCCAAAGAAGCAUAUUUGUGGCUUUUGUCUCAUAAUGCCCCCGUGCCUUGGAGUACGGUAAUUUGGGAUAAAGCUCUUCAGCCUAGGAAAAGCUUGGUGGUUUGGAAAGCUUUACAGAGUCGGCUUUUUACGGAUGAAUUUCUCCAAAAGCAUGCUUUUUAACAAGUCUUCAUGCACUGUAGAUUCGAUGGAUAAUCUUUUUGUUGGUCCUUUUGUGGAGUCCUUUUCGCCCUCUUCCCGCAAACUAUGAUUAUUGGUAGCAUGCAAUUUGGUGUGGGGUAUUUGGCAUCUAAGAAAUCAUAUUCGUUUUGAUCACUUGGUUGUUUGCCUGGAUUAUGCCCAACGAUGGUUCCUUUCUCGUUUUAAGGAAUCUGCGAAUGCUUGCUUUGUCUCUGGUCAUUCUCCAUCUCUACUGAUAUUCCAACUUUUGGGUUUUUUGCCUCUCACUCUGUCAGCCCCCAAGUUUAUUCGUGUGUUGUGGGUCUCUUUCCCCUACUGGUUGGGUUAAAGUCAAUAUUGAUGGUUCUUGUAAAGCUUCAGGCACAGGCUUUGGGGGUGUUUUCCGAAAUAGUGAGGGCAAGGCUCUUGGUGUUUUUGCUUCUAAUCAAGACCAACCUAGCUCAACUGCAGCUGAAGUUCUUGCUUUUCUUGAGGCUAUCAGAGUUGCUUGGGUGAGAGAUUGGAAGCAUCUUUGGCUUGAGACAGACUCUUCUUUGGUGGUUCAUUUUUUGUCCUCUACAUCUUAUUCCAUUCCUUGGUUUUUGCGUACGAAGUGGCAGAACUAUUUGUGGCGCAUUAAACAGAUGAAUUUUGUUUGCACUCAUAUUUAUUGGGAAGGUAAUUGUGUCGCAGAUAUGUUAGCAAAUUUUGAUGCCAAGAACCGUGCCUAUUUACUGGUGGGACUUCUUACCUUCGUGGGCUGCUACCAUUUAUGCUAAAGAUUUAGUGGGUUUUCCUGGGUUUCGCUUUCGUUGAUUUUGUGUGUCUAGUUUGAUGCCAUCCUUGGUCCGUUAUCCCCCAGCUGUUUAAUUAUUCUUUUUAAUAAAUUUCUCCUCGUUCCGUCGAGGUUUAAGGAAAAUGAAAAGUUAUAUAACAGAAAAUUAAAUUAAUUA